GGUAGCAAAAUUUAGAAAAUACAAUGUUUUAUUAGAAGACCUUUUUUCAUUUGUUUUCUAUGCGUAACUUCUAUUCUUUGGUUAGGGGUUUGAUUUUUUUGUAAGAGUUUCAGGUUUUUGGUAUUUUGUAAAUUAAACAAUCAAGAAGGAGAUGAAAAACGGAGAUCAAACAAGAUUUUUGUUUGGGAUUUCCCUUCAUAGGCCAAAAUGGCAACAAUUUCUUAUUUGUUCAUUUGGGUUCUUCUUUGGUUAUCUUGUUAAUGGCGUUUGUGAGGAAUAUAUUUAUAAUAGGCUUCAGUUCAGCUAUGGAUGGUAUUUUACUUUUGUACAAGGCUUUGUCUACCUGAUAUUGAUACGACUUCAAGGCUUUACUAUGAAGCAAAUGGUGAAUCCAUGGAAUUCAUAUGUCAAACUAUCAAGCGUUCUCAUGGGUUCUCAUGGAUUAACUAAAGGUUCAUUGGCUUACCUUAACUAUCCUGCCCAAAUUAUGUUUAAAUCCACUAAGGUACUGCCAGUUAUGAUUAUGGGCGCCUUUGUUCCUGGCCUAAGAAGGAAAUACUCACUUCAUGAAUACAUCUCUGCUUUGCUUCUUGUGGUUGGUCUCAUCCUUUUUACCUUGGCAGAUUCCCAGACAUCUCCAAAUUUUAGUAUAAUUGGUGUGAUAAUGAUUUCCGGUGCUUUAAUCAUGGAUGCGUUUCUGGGUAAUUUUCAAGAAGCAAUUUUCACCAUAAACCCAGAAACAACACAAAUGGAGAUGUUGUUUUGCUCAACAAUAGUUGGGAUUCCUUUCUUACUUGUGCCAAUGGUUCUAACAGGAGAGCUCUUUAAGGCAUGGAGUUCUUGUUCUCAAUAUCCCUACGUUUACGGUGUUCUAGUGUUUGAAGCCAUGGCUACAUUUAUCGGUCAAGUGUCUGUUUUAUCCUUGAUUGCUAUUUUCGGUGCAGCUACAACUGCCAUGAUAACUACGGCUAGAAAAGCUGUAACUUUGUUGCUGUCAUACAUGAUAUUUACAAAACCAUUAACCGAACGCCACGGGUUAGGAUUGUUGUUGAUAUCCAUGGGAAUCAUACUGAGGAUGUUGCCAGAUACUAAACCAUCACCUAGGGUUCAAGUAUCAAAUGUAAAUGUCAAGAAAUCAAAAGCCUUCUCUAAAGAACUGGAAAGUGUAGUAGAUGAACAAGAUGAAGAGAAAAAACCCCUAAUCUAAAAAAAAUGUGCCAUUUUAUUGAGGGGUUUGCACCUAAUUCUCAAGAUUGCCAUUUUUAUCUUUCUUUUCUUUUUUUUUUCCUUCUCAUAUUCAAUUCAAUAUUUUCAUUUUUUAUUUAU